AGCAUGAAAUGAAAUAAAAUUGGAAGAAAAUAUCAUAAGCUAUAAGUUCCGCAGCUGAUUACAUACAAGGUUGAUUUGUGAAAGAAACAUAGGAACAAUUGUUAGUUAAAUUUUGCAUACCUUUGUUGAAUAAUUACAUUUACACCACACAAACAAUAACAAUGUCACGUAAACUAUUAUCAUCACUACUUCGAAGUUGCACAACACAUUCCACUACCUCACAAUGCCACGCCCAAACUAUCCUCCAAUCUCUACUUCCAAACGUCAUUCUUCAAACCGACAUCUUACUAGCAUACACUAAAUUAGGCCUAAUGGCUCAUGCUCGUAAACUGUUUGACAAAAUGCCACAAAGAAAUAUGCAUUCUUGGAACAUCAUGAUUGCUUCUUACACUCACAGUUCACUGUAUUUCGAUGCUGUAACUGUUUUUAAAGCCUUUAAACAAUGCGGCUCAUUGCCUGAUCAUUAUACCUUGCCACCAUUAUUUAAAAUUUCGAUAGGAAUAGGCAAACCUUGUUUUGGAUGGAUGUGUCAUGGUUUAGUUGUAAAGCUUGGGUAUGAAGAAAUUGUUGUUGUAACUAACUCUGUACUUGAGUUUUAUAUCAAAUGUGGGACCGUGUCUCAGGCUUUGUCUGUGUUCUCCAAUCAUAAUGCUCAUCGGGAUUCAGUGACAUGGAAUUUGAUGAUUUCUGGGUUUGGAAAGGCUGGCCUGUAUUCUGAUGCUGUCCAUUGUUUCAGAGAAAUGUUGAAGCAUCAAAGUGGAUACAAGUUGGAUUACAUGACACUCCCUAGCAUUUUGAGUGCUUGUGGGAAGGAAGGGGAUAUGUUGAAAUUGAAAGAAGUGCAUGGUUUUAUUGUUAGGAACUUUGGUUUUCAUGCUGAUGCUCCCAUUGGGAAUGCAUUGAUUGAUAAUUAUGGAAAAUGUGGUAGCUUGAACGACUCAGAAAAUAUCUUCAAGACCGUGGGCUGUGUAAAUUUGGUAACAUGGACGACUAUGAUAUCUUGUUAUGGGAUGCAUGGAAAGGGGGAGGAAUCAGUUUUUCUGUUUGAGAAGAUGAUGGAUGAGGGGUUUAGACCAAAUGCUGUUACUCUCACAGCUAUUUUAGCUAGUUGUAGCCACUCUGGUUUAUUGGAUCAAGGCAAGAAGAUUUUCAGCUCAAUGAUUUCAGAUUAUGGAUUUGAGCCCACUGCUGAGCAUUAUGCCUGUAUGGUGGAUCUUUUAGGCCGCUGCGGGUAUCUUGAGGAAGCGCUUCGGUUGUUGAAAAGAAUGAAGUCAUCAUCAGUGACAGGAAGCAUGUGGGGUGCCCUUCUUGCCGGUUGUGUCAUGCACAAGAAUGUCGAAAUUGGAGAAGUUGCAGCGCAUCAGCUUUUUCAAUUAGAGCCCAACAAUACUAGCAAUUAUGUAGCUUUGUGUGGAAUCUAUCGGUCUCUUGGUAUGGCUCGUGGUGUUUCAACUGUUAGAGCAAAGAUGAGGGGUUUGAGUUUGGUUAAAACUCCUGGCUGUAGCUGGAUAAAUAUUGCAGGAAGGGCUCAUAAAUUUUACCAAGGGGACCUUUCUCAUCCACUUUCUCAUAUGAUUUUCCAGAUACUAUAUGUAAUUAGCAAUACUCAGUUAUCGACUAAUGAUUUGGGAGUAGGAUAUUUGCUACACGAUGAUGAUACCUUUGUUAUGGCUUAGUAGAACAUUAGAGGCAGUUCAUCUGAGCAGACUUAGGAAGAGA